AUGGAUUCUGUAGGAAUAAGAUUGGCUAACCCUUAUUUGGCGACUCCUGGAACAACUGUUCAUGGCCAUUAUGGAGAAAUACUUUCUGAAGGAGAUAUAUUAGUUACCUUUAUUUAUCAAAAAUCGAGAUCAGGUGAUAUAACACAAGGUCUUCCAAAAGUAGAACAGGUAUUAGAAGUUCGUUCGAUUGAUUCAAUAUCAAUAAACCUAGAAAAGAGAGUUGAUACUUGGAAUGGGCGUAUAACAAGAAUUCUUGGCAUUCCUUGGGGAUUCUUCAUUAGUGCUGAGCUAACUAUAGCGCAAAGUCGGAUUUCUUUGGUUAAUAAAAUUCAAAAAGUUUAUCGAUCCCAGGGAGUUCACAUUCUUAAUAGACAUAUAGAAAUUAUUGUGCGUCAAAUAACAUCAAAAGUAUUGGUUUCAGAAGAUGGAAUGUCUAAUGUUUUUUUACCCGGUGAACUAAUUGGAUUGUUGCGGGCUGAACGAGCAGGGCGUUCCUUAGAAGAGUCGAUUUGCUAUCGAGUUCUAUUAUUGGGGAUAACAAAAACAUCUUUGAAUACUCAAAGUUUCAUAUCUGAAGCAAGUUUUCAAGAAACUGCUAGAGUUUUAUCAAAAGCCGCUCUCCGGGGUCGCAUAGAUUGGUUGAAAGGUCUGAAAGAGAACGUUGUUUUAGGGGGAAUGAUGCCAGUUGGUACCGGAUUCAAAAGAAUAAUACACCGUUCAAAGCAAAGGCACUAUAACAAGAUUACCUCGGAAACAAAAAAAAGAAUUUAUUCGAGGUGA